AUGCCUCCUCACUUGAAUGAUACUAAUAUUGUCUUAAUUCCGAAGAAGGAGAAUCCAGCAUCUAUGAAGGACCUUUGUCCUAUAUCUUUGUGCAACGUGGUGUACAAGAUCAUGCUAAUAGUGUUAGCCAAUACGUUGAAGCCGUUGUUGGAUAAAUGUAUCUCCGCAGAGCAAUCUGUGUUUGUGGAGAACAGAUCUAUUAUUGAUAAUGUGUUGGUGGCAUUUGAAAUGAUCCAUCACAUGAAAUGCAAGCACGGGGAAGAAGGUGGAUAUGACUGGAGUGAUGGAGUGGGUCUAGUUGUUUCGAGUAGGGGCCUUAGAUAUGGUGACCUAUUGUCACCUUAUCUUUUAAUCCUCUAUUGUGAAGGACUUAGGACGUUGAUCAGAAGGGCGGAGGGGAGAGGAGAUUUACAUGGUGUUCAAGCAACGAAGACUGAAGUUAUGUCAAACAUUGGCAUUAUGGAAGUCUUCGGAACUAGAAAAUAUUUAGGCCUCCCUUCAACGAUAGGUGGGAAGAAGAAGGUUGUCUUCAAUUACUUAAAAGCCAGAAUUUGGAAGAAAAUUUCAGUUUGGUCUGUGAAGCACUUAUCUAGAGUUGGUUGUGAAGUUUUGGUUAAAGUCGUUGCUCAAGCUAUACCUGCGUUCUAUAUUAGUGCCUUCCUCUUACCUGUUUCUCUUUGUGAUGGGAUCUAA